AUGCCGCCGUCGCCACCGCCCUUCUCGCCUGGCGGCCUUGGCAUACGUAAAUCCCUUCUGCUCUUCACCGGCGUUCUUCUCAUCUCCGCCGUCUUUAUCCUCAACUCAACGCCCCCUUCCCUCCCUCUUCUCCGGCCGCCUCCUCCUCCUCCUGUCGAUACCUCCCUCUACACAAACUUCACGACCGCGCUCAUCCUCCCGGAGCCCCACGAAGACUGGGUUUCCUUCGAAAGAUCCGCGGCCCCACGCUUUUUCACGCACCAGGAACUUUACACUCUUCCCCCUCCCCCGUCCUCGCCGUCCUCCUCCCUCCCCGCCUCUUCCUGCGUCGACAGCGGACUCCCUUCCCAUUGUUGUCUCGGAGCUUUCUCUCUGGCCGGUCUCAUGGUGUGGGACAGCAUCGCGUGCGCCAACGCCAAUUUUCUCAGUUAUCAACUCCCCCAUACCUCGCCCUCCCUCCCGUCCUCGACCUCCCCCGGCGCCUCGGGGUUGGGAAGGUACCGGGACAUGGGUGAUGUGUUGGGAGGGCUGGGAAACCGGACGUUGACCAUAUGGGGCGAUUCGGUGGCGAGUCAACAUGCGCACGCCAUGGAAUGUUCGUGGCUUCGGUCGGGGAAGGCGGAGACGGUCCGUUACGAGAAACUUGAUUUCAAUCGGAUCUUCAAGAAGAAGGAGGAAGGGGGCGGUUUCAAUCGCGCAGGAACGUAUGGCACGAACGCCCUGUACACGUGGCAAACGCGCCUGCGGGCACGCGGAGGAAGCGAGGGGGAGGGAGGAAAGGAGGUGGAGGAAAAAGGAGUAGAGGGGACGAUGAAGCUGUACCUGACGUACCGGCCGUUGUUGAACGAGAGCGCGGGCCUGUUGGCAGAGGCAGACGUGCUAGUCGUCAACUUCGGCCUCCAUUACCUCAUUGAUAAACGGGAGGAAUACAAGCUGGAAAUGAGGGAGAUGCUGCGGGCCCUGGCGCCUUUUGGGAGGAACGAGCAGAAGCGAUUGAUUUGGAGGGAGACGUCAGCCCAGCACCACUUCAACGAGGGCGGGGAGUUUCCGUUGACCAUCGACCCGGAACGUUUCGGGGUUUCGCGGAAAGAUUACGUGGCGACCAUGAACCGGUGUUUUCCCAUUCACUUUGGGCCGUACAUCCACCCCCAGUGGCGGGAUAAGCUCCUCUUGGCCUUGGCAGCGGAGGAAGGGUGGGAAGUGAGGUUCCUGGACGGGUACGACGGAAGGGGGGGCGAUGAGUUUGGAAGGGAGGAGGAGGGAGGAGGGAUGGCGGAGCCGCGGGGGCCUCGACGAGGGCAAGGGAGGGGCCAGGGAUGCGGUGAGAAGGAAGGUUCGGGCGUGGAGGAUGUGAGGGUAUGA